CCUCUCUCUCUCUCUCUCUCUCUCUCUCUCUCUCUCUCUCUCUCUCUCUCUCUCUCUCUCUCAUCUCUCUCUCAUGCAGCGCAGCAAGAAAGGAGGCUGAUCCGCAGUGCCCCUGCUUCUCUCUCUGUUGUUUUUGUUUGUCCGUUUUUUUAUCCCCCGCCCCACCCCAUCCGUGUUGUAAUGACCCACCACCACUGCCAGCCUCAGGAGAGAUGCCUGUACUUGAGAUGGCAGUGAGCCCUGUCAAGUCCCUGUACUGGGUGGUGUUCCCCCCCAUGUCCUCAUGCAGGGUCUACUGCACCCCUGUGUUCCACGGUGGCCUGCUCUAUGUUCUGGGAGGAUGCAGUGAAACAGGCCUGCCUUUAGAUACUGCUGAGGUGCUGGACAUAGAGAGCCAGACAUGGACCCAGCUUCCUCCGCUCCCUACAGCCCGGGCUGGGGCGUCGGCGGUGGCCCUGGGGGGUCAGGUGAUGGUGAUGGGGGGCAUGGACCUCCAGCAGAGCCCCCUGUCCUCCGUGGAGGUCUACAAUCCUGACGAGGGCAAGUGGGAGAGGAGGGCCAGCCUGGGACAGCCCUCCAUGGGCAUCACCUCUAUAGAGAAAGAUGGGAAGGUGUAUGCGCUGGGAGGGAUGGCAGCUGACACUACGCCCCAGGCGCUAGUAAGGGUCUACGAGCCGGAGAAGGACCAAUGGCAAGCCUUGACCUCCAUGCCCACACCUCGCCACGGAGCCACCUCCUUCCUGAGAGGCAACAAGAUUUACGUGCUGGGUGGGCGUCAGGGAAAGCUUCCUGUCACAGCCUUCGAGGCCUUUGACCUGGAAGUGAAGAGCUGGACGCAUUACCCCUGUAUCCCCAGCCGCCGAGCCUUCGCCUGCUGUGCUGCCACAGAGCGGGGCUUCUUCAGUCUAGGAGGGCUCCAGCAGCCCUGCCCCCAUAACUUCUACUCCAGACCUCACUUCGUCAGCACGGUGGAGGAGUACGACCCAGAACAGGGUAUCUGGAUCAAACCAACCCGAGCAUCCAGGAUGAGGGAUAAGAGAGCAGAUUUCUCAGCCGGAUGUCUGGGAGGAAGGGUCAUCGUUGCGGGGGGUCUAGGAAACCAGCCGUCACCCCUGUCGUCAGUAGAGAGCUACAACCUUGUGAAGCGACGUUGGGAGUAUGCUGCCCCGAUGCCCAGCCCCCGCUGCUGCUGUGCCCCCCUGCAGACCCCCAACAUGCUGUUCCUCAUCGGGGGUGUGGCCCAGGGGCCCAGCAAUGCCGUGGAGGCCCUCUGUCUCAGAGAGACUGUGUGACACACACACAUGCACAGAGACACACACUAACACGGCUACUACACACACUCACAAAAAAAUACACAGGAAAUGACUGUGGCGCUAUUUGUGCAUACACCAGUACAAACACAUUAUUUGUGCACAGGUGAGGGACACACACUCAUACAGACUCGUAUUUGACCUGGACACAUUCACAACAUCACAAAGGAGUUGUUGAACAAAUAACAACAACAACAAGCACCACACACAAUACUCAUUUGAACUGACAGCAUUUUCAGGAAAAAAGCAGGGUACUUUUCUGGAAAUUAAAGGAAUUUAGGGCCAUAUCUCUUUCACCACAGCAUAUCUAUUUCACCACAGCAUAUCUGUUUCACCACAGCAUAUCUAUUUCACCACAGCAUAGCUGUUUCACCACAGCAUAUCUAUUUCACCACAGCAUAUCUAUUUCACCACAGCAUAUCUGUUUCACCACAGCAUAUCUGUUUCACCACAGCAUAGCUGUUUCACCACAGCAUAUCUAUUUCACCACAGCAUAUCUAUUUCACCACAGCAUAUCUAUUUCACCACAGCAUAUCUGUUUCACCACAGCAUAUCUAUUUCACCACAGCAUAGCUGUUUCACCACAGCAUAUCUAUUUCACCACAGCAGUGUCCAGUUGCAGUGGCUUGUUUACACAUUUUCAUUUUUCAAAAAGUUCAGAGUUUAGGAUACAACUUUGGAGAAUGUGAGUGUGUAUGUUUUGGUCCCUGUUGUUAAUGUUAAUGUUAUUAAAAUCCCAGACUCCUGAAUACCACCUCUAGAAUUUCCCAGCCAAUACCUGCACUGUGGCACCAGAGACUCAGAGUAGAGCUCUUUGACACAAAGCCACGUUUCCCUGAAGCUUAAAGACAUGUUUUUGGAGAGAGAAAAAAAUACAUCAUAUUUUACAUCAGAGUUUAGCAAUGAAACUUCAGAGAAUGAAACCAUGUAAGAGUUGUUUUUAAUGGGGAAAAGCAAUAGCUCUUAACGGGAAGUGCUCCUGUACAUAUACCAUGCUUAUUCAACCUUUGACCUUUCAAGGAACUAAUAGGAAAUAGAGGGAACACCCAGGAGGGCAGUGGGAGGGGUUUUAGAGAAAGUAUUAGUGGACAGAUAUAUUUUCAGUAUGUAUUUUAUGAGGGUUUUAUGCAGGAGGCCGGUUAGGAAUACUGGCCCUGCUUAGGAGGACUACAGAGACCGUAAUGAAAUUCUCAACCAUAUUCAUAUUCUAGAGACUAUUAAAUAGCUUAUGGUUUCAUUCUUGCACGUGGACGCACCCCCCCCCCCCCCCCACACACACACACACUUACACUCCCACAACCACACACUGCACAUCCCUUGGGGAGUGCAGUGUCUUUCUAAACACACUUUAGUGCCAGUUGAUAGAUGUAUUUCUGGCUACGUGGGAAGUUGUGUUUCUGUGUGCUCCAAGACUCACCACAUGGAUCUGGCUGGUUGGGAACUGGAUCCUCAUCAGUGGAGAGGGAAUGCUGUGUUCAGUAACAGUCUGCAGGAGGAACCAGGGUCUCUUCGGCAGAACACUCUGGUUUCUAAGCUUCUAAGCUCUUGAGUACUGUUGAGAGAGAGAGAGAGAGAGAGAGAGAGAGAGAGAGAGAGAGAGAGAGAGAGAGAGAGAGAGAGAGAGAGAGAGAGAGAGAGAGAGAGAGAGAGAGAGAGAGAGAGAGAGAGAG